AUGCGAAACCUUAUUACGCUUAAUCAUGGUGGAUUCCAGCCGGCUUCGCUUAGCGUCCCAGACCUGAAAUUGCUGACCAGCGUCUUCGAUACUUUGUCGGACAGCAUUACCUGUGUGCUGGCCGAUUUGGACAUUGGUGCAUUCGAAGUUCAUCAGUACACCAAAACAGGGAAUUGUAAUGUAUUGGCGUCGUUCAAUAUCCAAACGUUUGGAGAUGAGCUGCUAUCGUUCAUUCAUUUUGGUGAUAUCAGUCAACUGGUUUUUGUACUGGGCCAAGGAGAUAUUGUGACUGCCAGCUACGAUUCUGAAACGUACGACUUAUCGCUUUCGGUGGUCGAAAUAGUUGGAUCAAUUGAAGGAGGCAUAAGAGCAGCCGAAUGGUCUCUUGACGAAGAAACUUUGGCCCUGGUCACUUGCGAGCACAACGUCGUGGUUCUCAGCAGGCAGUUUGAGCCUAUAGCCGAGCACAAACUCACGAAAGAUGAUCUCAAGAUGUCCAAGCACGUUGAUGUAGGAUGGGGUAAAAAGGAAACGCAGUUCAGAGGGAAAGGCGCCCGCGCCAUGGAAAGAGAGGCCCUCGAAAGCCUCAAGGCGUCGGGAUUAAAAGGUACUCAGCUAAGAGAUCCAACAAUGCCGUAUGUGGUCGAUACUGGGGUUUUGGGACCAAUGGAUUCGGGUAAUGCUUCGAUAUCAUGGAGGGGCGACUGCGAAUAUUUCGUAGUGUCCGAGGUCGAAGCAAUUCAAUCUCAAAACGAAGAGGAAGAACUUACACGGAGAGUCCUCAGAGUCUUUUCGCGUGACGGGCAACUAGAUAGUGCUUCAGAACCAGUGGACGGUCAGGAAAAUCCCUUGAGUUGGAAGCCACAAGGAUCUCUUAUUGCGUCUAUUCAACGAAAAGACCAGACACCUGGUGAAGAGUCGCUGGAUCUAAUUUUCUUUGAGAGAAACGGUUUGAGGCAUGGUGAAUUUGAUUGUCGUCUCGCCUUAGAUGAUAAAGUCACAAAUCUGAGUUGGAAUUCGACCUCAGAAAUACUGGCCAUCACGCUUAUAGACAGGAUCAUGCUAUGGACGAGCAAAAAUUACCAUUGGUAUUUGAAGCAAGAAAUUCAGGGCCAAAACAUCCAUUAUGUAAAGUGGCAUCCAGAAAAGGACUUCACGCUUAUGUUUGGCGAUGAAAAUGGUGUCAAUGUGGUGGAUUUUGCUCAUAAACUAGCAUUGGGACCCACCUUAGAACCUUUUGACUACGGUACCGUACUUGUGAUUGACGGGUCAACGGUCAAUAUUACGCCGCUUUCUUUGGCUAACGUACCCCCUCCUUUUUAUUACAGAGACUUUACAGCACCUUCCAGUGUUAUAGACGCUGCCACAAGUAUCUCCAAUGAGGUUUACGCCGCUAUCACUAAAGAUGAACUUUGUUUGGCCUCUGUGCCCGGCUUGGAAGACAUGAAAAAAGGAUUGCAUCCCGUUGUCGCCAAAAUUAUCCCAAAAUCAGAUUUUGCAGCUGCCUCUGACACUUUGAGACAAGUUGCCUUCAUAAACGAUAAUGUGGUAGGAGUUUUGAUAGACUCCCAGAACUUAUCACGCAUUGCACUGCUCGAUGUGUCUGAACUAGAGCAGCCUGAAUUGAUCAUAGUAGCGGACGCUCCGAGUAAGGUCGUUCUACUUCGUGUUGCGUUUGAAAAUAAUUAUCUUAUUUUCGAGACCAAGGAUUGUAAGGUUUUUCAGCUGGACCAGGAAGGGCAAGUCACAGAGAUUGCAACGUUACCGCAGCUUGUCCGCGAUAUACGUGUCAAAAGAGUAGAAACAUUACCUGUGGUUGGUCAAGAACAUUUCGACGAGUCUAGGCAAGUAGCUUUUGGUCUUGCUGCUAAUGGUAAACUUUAUGCUAACGACGUCCUAAUAGCCAGUACUGCCACAUCGAUGGAAAUUACAGAUAAUAUGCUGAUGUUCACCACUGCACAACACAACUUACAGUUUGCUCAUUUGAAUUCGACGGACUUCAAACCAUUGCCAGUCGUUGGCCAAAGUGUCGAUGACGAAAGGAUAAGAGCAGUUGAAAGGGGCUCUCUUUUGGUGACAGUUAUACCAUCAAAGUCAUCGGUUGUGUUACAAGCCGCACGAGGUAAUUUAGAGGUCAUUUGCCCCCGUAUCAUGGCGCUGGCUGGUGUGAGAAAAAGUAUUCUCGCCAAGAGAUAUUAUGAUGCCUUCAUCACAUGCCGUACGCAUAGAAUUCACUUGGAUAUUCUUCAUGACUAUGCUCCUGAACUUUUUAUCGAUAAUCUGCAGCUCUUCAUUGAAGACAUUGGGAGAGGUGAUUAUCUUGACUUAUUUAUAUCCUGUUUGACAGAGGAGGACGUCACUGAUGUGAAGUACAAAGAGACAACUGAUAUUGCAAUGGAUCAGAACUUUGGGCUUACCCCUCCAGCACCGACAGACAUGGAGAUUUACAUGAAGAAGAAAAUGUUCAACCCGGAGACUUCCAAAGUAAACAAAAUUUGCCGCGCGAUUCUCCAAGUCUUCUUGGAAAAUUCAGAGUACCGGAAAAAAUACUUGCAAUCUAUUAUAACAGCAUAUGCGUGCCAAAAUCCCCCAGAUCUAGAAAAUGCUUUGUCGCUCAUCUCAUCUCUCGCGAAUGAAGGUGAGAAUUGUUUGACCUACCUGUGUUUCUUGCAUGACGUUAAUGUCCUCUACAAAGUUGCUUUGUCUCUUUAUGACAUCAAAUUAACGCUUGCAAUUGCACAAAAAUCGCAAAUGGACCCUAAAGAGUACCUCCCCUUUUUGCAAACGCUUUACGAACAGGACCCACUUCUACAGAAGUUCAUGAUUGAUGAUCACCUAAAACGCCAUGAAAAAGCGUUGGAUCACCUCUCAGCGAUUGAAUCCAGUUCGAAUGACCUUUCUGAUAAAGUUUUGGAGUACGUCGAAACCCAUGACCUCUACAAGUAUGCUUUGAACCUUUUCAAGUAUGAUGCUCAGAAACAAAAUGCUGUCUAUAAGGUCUAUGCACCUUUUCUGUCGUCUAACCAGGAAUAUGGUGAAUCUGCAAUCAUUUAUGAAAUGCUCGGCGAGUUCAAGGAAGCUAUGGAGACCUACACCACUGGCAAAAAGUUCAACGAAGCAUUAACAAUCGCGUCUCUUCAUUUCAAGGACCAGGUGACUGAGGUUGCAGAAGCUUUGGUGUCCUCCUUAACCUUCGAUCACAAAUACGCAGAUGCCGCGGAUGUUGAACUCGAUUAUCUAAAAAACACCAAGGAAGCAAUGAGGCUUUAUUGCAAAGCUUACCGUUACGAGAAAGCAGCUUUAGUUGGUGCCACGCACGGUUCUUCGGAGCUGAUUGAAGAAAUUCUUGAGCCUGCUCUAGGCGAAGGCUUUGGUACGAUUGCCGAGCUGCUAGCAGACUGCAAAGGUCAAAUACUUUCCCAGUUGCGGAGACUGCGCGAACUAAGGCAGAAGAAGGACGAGGAUCCGUACUCAUUCUACGGGCAAGAAACAGAUCAGGCGGAUGACAUUUCGAUCGCAGCAUCAGAAACAUCGACUAAAGAAUCGUUUUUCACUAGGUACACCGGGAAAACAGGCGGGACCGCUAAGACAGGGGCUUCAAGGCGUACUACAAAAAACAAACGUCGCGAGGAACGUAAGCGUGCUCGUGGUAAGAAGGGAACCAUCUACGAAGAAGAAUACCUCAUUCAGUCAAUUGGAAGACUUAUCGAAAGAUUGAGACACUCUGAAUCUGAAGCUAUCAUGUUGAUAGAGGCUUUGUUGAGACGAGGAAGAAGAGAAGAAGCGCAACUCAUCCAAAAGAAUUUCGUUGAAGUGAUGACUCUGCUAAAAGAUAACGUUCUAGAAAUCUACAGCAUCAACGAAAAGGAUAGGGAGAGAGUUGACGAUGAAGGUAACGUGUACCAUAUACCUGAGAUUCCCUUGCCUGAUAUCAAGCUAUUCCCCAGACGUCAAAUAAUCGAUUUUUAA